GCACUCUAUAUGAAGCUUACGUGGAGGAAAAUUCAUCUCCUGGCCAGCUAGUCAUCAACCUGGUGGCCACGGACCUUGAUGCCUGGGACCUGGGCAAGCUGCAGUACACCAUCCUGCACCAGUCUUCAGAGGGAGCCUUCACCGUGGACAAAGAAGGCAACCUAUACACUGAGACACCUCUGGAUCGGGAGUCCCUGCCCAUGCACAGCCUCAAGGUGUCUGUGAUGGACGAGGGGGGCCGGGCCAGCUUCACGGCAGUGCGUGUGACGGUCCGUGACAGGAACGACAACCCACCAGUCUUCAUGUUGCCAGAGUAUCAGGCAAACAUCAACACUGACGUGGCUCCCAGGACAACCAUUCUCAAGGUCGAGGCCAGUGACGCAGAUGAAGGGGCAAACAGUGAAGUGAGGUACCGCAUGUAUGAAGCCAACAGUUCUGAGGCGCUGGAGCUCUUCUCGGUCAACCCCACCACCGGCGAGGUCACCGUGGCACAGACCAUCCACAGCCGAGAAAAUGAGGUGUACCAGUUUUUCAUCCGUGGCGAGGACAGCGGCUCCCCCCAGCACCACUCCGACGUGCCCGUCACCAUCUUCCUGCUGCCCCCUCAUGAGAAUCCCCCGCACUGCACCAGGAAGUAUGCACAGUUCUUCAUCAGGGAGGACGCCCCCAUCGGCAAUGUGAUCACGUCCCUGUGGAUGGCGGGGCCACAGUCAGUGCAGUACUUGAUCAUGGUGGACGAGGGCAUGAAGGCAGCCAGUGAGGAGAGGGAGUCUGGGGAGAGUUCAGGGCCCUUCACCGUGACCUCCACUGGCCUGGUGGUGGUGCACAGGGCCCUGGACCAUGAGCGGCGACGCACACAUCACAUCAGCGUCACCAACCGUACACUGACCACGCCGCCCACGGUGGACUACAUGACCAUCUCUGUGGUGGUGAUGGACGUGAAUGACUGCCCUCCACGCUUCUCUGAGUCCAGCUACACAGCCCUGGUGGCCGAGAACAGCGAGGUGGGCGCCACCGUCACCAUCCUCACGGCCACUGAUGACGAUGAAGGAAACCAUGGCCAGAUCCAGUACAGCCUCGGCCCCGAUGAAAGCGCUGUAGUGAAGUCAACGUUCCGCAUUGAUCCACACACCGGGACGCUGACCCUGGCGGCCCCGCUGGACCGCGAGACCAUGGCCCAGUACUCCUUCACCGUCACGGCCACUGACGGGGGCCCCAAGCCUCUGUCCACCAGCACAAGAGUCACUGUUCUGGUCAAGGACUACAACGACAACCCUCCAGUGUUCACCAAAGACACUUACGUCACUGCUGUGCCUGAGGACACCGCCACGGGCACGGCGGUGGUGGAGCUCAGCGUGACGGACGCCGACGAGUCCGUGGCCGAACUUGACUUCUUCAUUAACGGCGGCGACCCUGACGGCCAAUUCCUGGUGCACGCCUCAGGGGAGGUGUACGUGGCCGGUGAGCUGGACCGGGAGAGGCAGGCCGAGUACACCCUCACCGUCACCGUCACCGACGGGAAGUUUACGGCCAACACGACUGUUACUGUGACAGUCAUCGACAUCAACGACAAUGGUCCGGUGUGCAAGGAGCCAAUCUACCGCCGGGAGAUCUCCGAGGACGCCACCCCAGGCACCCACGUGGCCUCUGUUGUGUCCUGGGAUGCCGAUGAAGGCACUGCUGCCCGGAGCCGCUACAUUCUCACCGGGGACAGCGCCCACCACUUCAGUAUUGACCAGCUGAAUGGCCACGUGGCCACAGCCACCCAGCUGGACAGAGAGGCACGGGACCACUACCACCUCACUGUUGUGGUGGAGGACUGGGAGCACAAGGCCUGGCAGUGUGAGGUGGUGGUGGAGGUCCUGGUGACGGACACCAACGACAACCCCCCAUCCUUCUCCCUGGCCACCCACGCCGCCACCCUGCUGGAGGACGCGCCCAUCAACACCGUCGUCCUCAAGAUGUCUGCCACGGACCCUGACCUCGGCAUCAAUCGACGGCUGCUGUACAACUUUGUGGACUCAGCGGAGGGCCACUUCACCAUUGACGAGAUGGAGGGUGUGGUCAGCCUGGCCCGGCCCCUGGACCGUGAGACAAGGGACUCCUACAGCCUGACAGUGCGUGCCGUGGACCAGGGAAGCCCACCGCUGUCAUCCACCACGCAGCUCAUCGUCACAGUCUCAGAUGUGAAUGAUAAUGCUCCUGAGUUUGUGAGGAAACUCCACGAAACUUCCGUGGCAGAGAACACGGCCGUGGGGACAGAAGUCCUGCGGGUCAUGGCCACCUCAAGGGACAUCGGCAUCAAUGCAGAAAUCUCUUACUCCCUUCAGCACACCACGCUGGAGGAGUACCUGCACAUCCACCCAAAGACUGGUGUGAUAAGCAUUGGCGCCGAGGUGGACUUUGAGCGCGUACAGCAGGUGGUGGUGACAGUAGUGGCCACAGACGGGGGUGUGCCGCCUCUGUCCGCCACGGCCUUGGUCAACCUAACAAUCACUGAUGUGAAUGACAACUCCCCGGUGUUCACGCUGCCCACCUACACCGCCACAGUCAGGGAAGACGCUCUGCAAGGCGCCAGCGUGGUGCAGGUCUCAGCCAGCGACGUGGACCAUGGCGUGAACAGCCUCGUCCGCUACAGCAUCAGGGCGGGAAACGAAGACCACUGCUUCACUAUUGAUGACGACACCGGCAUCAUCACUGUCAUCAAGAAACUGGAUAGGGAAAAGGUCACAAAGUACCAGUUGACGCUGGGUGCCAGGGACUUGGGCACACCCAGCAACACUGCCAUGGCUCAGGUCGUGAUCCAGGUGGGCGACGUCAACGACAAUGCACCCAAGUUCACGCAAGACAACUAUACCGUGGUCGUGCAGGAGAACCGAGCUGUGGGCUACUCAGUGAUCCGCCUCAUGGCCACCGAUGCCGACGCUGACCCCAGCGGCGCUCCCUUCACCUGGGAGGUGAUCAACCAGCCUGUUGAGAGUCGUGCCUUCACCCUGGACCAGGAUGGCUCACUGAGGCUGGCCACCAAUAAAUUGAACCACAAGGUCCAGGAUCAGUACGUGGUGCAGGUGCGAGUGUGGGACAGCGGCUCGCCACCACUCCACGCUAACACCCAAGUUACCGUCAGCGUGGUGGAGGAGUCCCGCCUCCCGCCAACACUCUUCCCGCUUAAAACAGUGGUCAUCAGUUUCCGCAGUGCCUUUCCCGGAGGCAUCAUCGGGCGGGUCACUGCACUGGACCAGGACCCCUACGACACCCUGCAGUACUCUGUGGCGCCCUAUGCAGAGGAAGUCAGCUCCAUCAAGUACUUUGACAUUGACAGUGAGGACGGCACUCUGGUGGCACUAACGCCUCUUGAUGCCGGUAACUACAGCGUCAACGUCAGUGUGUCGGACGGCAGUUAUCACCGCACCAUGCAGGCUUCCAUCGAGGUCUCCGUGGUCACUGAGGAAAUGGUUGAAAAUGCCGUCAUCAUUCGCCUGGGUCCUCUGUCCUCCGAUGAAUUUCUCUCCAGGUAUCAGAAAUAUUUCCUCAAAGCUAUUGCCAUAGAGCUGUCAGUUCAGGAGCAUUCUGUAGUCCUGGUCAGCCUGCAGCCAGCCCUCGUACACUCACACUCUUUAGAUAAGAUAGAUUACAUUCCACAGCGAUCCAAAAGAGACAUACAGAGGAGUCUUGACGUUCUGAUAGUUGUGAGACUCUUUGAAAUCUACAUGACAAGAGAACAUCUGCUGCUGAAGCUAAAAGAAAAACAAGUUGACAUAAAAGAGAAGCUUGGCUUGCCCUUCGUGGACAUCAUGGAGUCCCUGUGUGUGUCUGGCUCAGAGUGCGGCGGCCACGGGGACUGUGUGGACGUGGUGGAAAUCAACAAUGAUGUGGCCAUGCCCUUCAACACACAGCUGUCUAGUCUGGUUGCUCCAAGAUUUACCCAGAAAGUUGGCUGUGUGUGUGACCAAGGGUAUGGAGGCCAGAACUGCACUAAUUUAGUCAAUGCCUGUGGGCACCGACCCUGUGCUGAGUAUGAGGAGUGUGCGCCCACCAACACCAGCAGCCGAGGCUACACGUGCCAGUGCCCUGCCGGCAGAGCAGGACCUUCAUGCCGAGUGGACCUGACAAAGUGCCGCAGCCCUGCGUGCCACUACCCACUGAGGCCUCUCUCCUUCAGGGGAAAGAGCUAUGCCCAGUACAGCAUAGCUCAGCAAGGUAAGAGCAGCUCACUGAUGCUGAGUGCCUUCAUGCGCACCAGACACCCGGUGGGAAUGCUGGUCUUUGCUGCCGGGGACGUGGACUACAGCGUGCUGGAGGUGGCCGGCGGACAUGUGCAGUACCGCUGGGACUGUGGCAGCGGGGAAGGACUGGUCAGGGUGUCCACGGUGAGGGUCGACAAUGAUGCAUGGCACUUCAUCAACCUGACCAGAGACGGCACCAUAUCAACACUGAGUGUGGACGGCGAGGUGAGUUCAGGAGCGGCGCCGGGUGCUAAUGACAUUCUGAAUAUGGAUUCAAACUUCAUGUAUCUCGGUGCUACCCUCAGCAGUGAACCAGAGUCAGGCAUGUCUUCCUAUUCCCAAAGCAGCCUGGGAUUUGUGGGUUGCCUCGAUCAGAUCAUUAUUGACGGCACCGAGCUUCCCGUGUCAAUAACAGGGACGGCUUCCGGGGGCACGGUGCUCACGCGCCUGGCCGACGUGGAGCUUCAGUGUCCAGGCGUGCUGCCCCUGGCCGGCGUGUGUGGCUCCUACCCUUGCCAGAACGCUGGGACAUGCAAAGAAAAUGAAGGUUCUUAUAAGUGCAAUUGCCCUCCACGCUUUACCGGAGCACAGUGCCAGGUGGACACGGCUCCCUGCUCCUCCUCACCCUGUCUUAAUGGAGGCAAAUGUAUUGUUGUUGGCCACACCUAUAAGUGUCAAUGUCCUUCAAAACUGAGUGGAAAACGUUGUGAAUAUGGCAUUUUCUGCAACCCAAACCCUUGUCAGAAUGGCGGUCGCUGUGAGGAGGGUGCCGAUGGGCCUAUAUGCAAGUGCCAACACUUUACCGGUGCAAUGUGCCAGCUGGACAUUGAUGAGUGCACCCGCAACCCUUGCCAGAGCGGGGGAACCUGCCUCAACUUCUUUGGUGGGUUCAAGUGCAUAUGUUCCUCCAAUGUUACCGGUGAAUACUGCACAGAGGCCGUUAGGAAGCCUGAAGAGCCGUCCUCCUCCCUGAACAUCACCCUGGAGGAGCUGCUGUGCAUCCUGGCCGUGUUCCUGGGGUGCGUGAUGGCCGUGCUGCUGCUGGGGACCUGGCAGCGGUGGCGGUGGAGGCACAAGCGUCACCAGCAGAACAACCGCGUCAAGCUCACGGACCACCACGUGAAGAACGACCUCAAGGCGAAUGACGCACCCAAAAGAAACUCCAAAAUCUGCAACGUGGAGGCAGACCAGCAGGGGCCGCCGCUGCCCCCCCACCCGGCCUCCUACACCCCCAGCGGCAAUGACUCCGCCAUUCUCAACACCCUUAAGCACCUGGCGGACCUGUCUGCCGUGGGACACGAGAAUCUUGAGCUGGAGACACUUUCACGAUGCUCCCACGAGUUCCUCCACAGCCUUAAAAAGCCCGUGGUCAUGCCGCCCAACCUCUCCCCUCCGCCGACCUCCAACAGUGACUCCGACUCUCUCCAAAAUCCCUGGGACAAACAAAACAACCUAAACGACUACUACUUCAUGCCCAUCAAGGAUGUGGGCUGUGACCUGGUGACCAACCUCGGCGAGACCCACACCUCCUCGGCCCGGCAGUCUCCAUUUUCAGACGAUUCUUCAGGACAUGCACGGCCCACACACGCUGGUGGGCUGCGGCAGCGAGGGGGCCACGGCCGCCCCGCCAGACUUGCGCUGAUGCUGAGCCAGGGCACCUCCCUCUUCCACGGAGACGACCCCAUGGAGGGAACGCCACUGCUGCCAUGCUCUGCUGCCACACCCCUGCUGAGUGUGGACGCCCGGGGCGGUCCAGACGGCCGGGACACACCAGACGGUGACGAGGACAAUGAUGAUCCCUGCAGCUUUGAGGAAAUACUCCUGGCAAAUAAUAUAUCUGUUGACUCAUGCCAAGACCUGACUCUUGAUUAUUCCUCUAAAUACAACAUUGUCUUGGACCUUGAAGAUGACUGCCCAGAGUCAGCCCUGAAGAUAUCCAACAUGCCUUCUGUCAUCGAGGACGCCAACAGGCUCGGCAGCCCCAGGAGCCGCCGCCCCUUCCACUGCAGAGACUACAGCUGCGUGUCGGACCUGUCCUUCCUCUCCGCCCUGGAGGAGGAAGGCGUUGACGACUCAAUGUCUGAACUCCAGGAAUCUGACUAUGAGCUGCUGGAUAGAGUCAGUGAGCCCCUCACACCCACACUGGUGCAGACUUCCCUCUCAGAAGUGUUUCUAUAGUCUUGUGAUGUGAUGACAGCUGCUGCUGGACAAGGAGCAAAAACUUUUUACCCCACCAACUCCCAGCAAUUUGUUUAACAUUAAAUUAAAUAUGUGGGAAAGAUAAAUAUGAAUUACAUGAUAGGUAGGUAGAUAGAUAGUAGAUGGAUGAAUAGAUAGGUAGAUGUACCGAGAGAAAGAAGAAAUUAUUAAAUAUACUUUUAUACAAAUAUAUACAUAACAUACACAUUCUGUUCAUGUUUCAGACAAACUUGCAUUCAUGGAAAGAUUACUAAAAUCUAAUUUACCACAAACUAAAUUCAUUAUUCCGUAAGGAAAAAAUGGAACAGGUGUAGUUGCUUUCUAUUACUGCAUGAAAACCUAGAGUAACCAACAGCACUUGUAUAAAUUAUCUAAAGUAUCACAAGCAGUGUGCAACAUUUUCUCAAGCCAAGCCUUCACAUGUCAGGUCAGCACAAUGCAUAGAAGAGAACAUUUUUACCAAAAAGGCUGAGCCGAGUGAGUCGAGAAUCACAUAAAGUUUUGUACAAACGAGCAAAGGACAGAGACACUGUGUUUAUGAACACACAUUAUCUCAGGAUGGUUAAGGGAAGCCACUUGUAGCCAGCCCAAAGGGGUUACAAGCUGUUGCCAAAGGUGGGGUUUCAUGUUAAAGCAACAGGAUGAGUCAGUGAGUGUAUUGUGAGGGGGGAGGCACGACUAAGGCCAUCAAAAAUAUGCCUCGCGCCAGAUAAGAUAGUACAAAUAGACCUCAAGAUGCUGGAGAGGAUGUGCAUAAGCCAUCAUGUUGUAAAAUGUGUUAUACCAUUUUUUAUACUUUAGUAUGUUUUCAUAGUCUGAAAAUGCAAGUGCACCUAUUAUCAUUAUUCCUCAUGGGAAUUUUAAGUUAAAGAAAUUCAUAUUAUGCAACCCAUCCAUGAAUGCAAGUCCACAUCAGUCAUUAUAGUCCAUUUCAUUCCAUCUGUCCACUCACGAACUUAGAUGUGGCACCUGCGCAUUGUUAGUUCAUGAUUGCGUGAAGAUAAACUUUAUAUUUUCAGCGAUGUAUUUGAAUGUUUGUGUAUAUAAAAAACCCUUGUCUUUUUAUAUGAACCACAAACAUGCUGAUUUGCAUCGAUAAUCUACCAAGAGUUAACCAGCAUCUCCAUUCUCUCAUCUCCUUCACAGGUAAACUCUGGAACAGUCUUCCUUCAUCUGUAUUUCCUCCUGCCUAUGACUUGACCUCUUUCAAGAAGAAUGCAUCAAGACACCUCUCCACCUGAAAUUGACCUCUCUUUUGGCUACUCUUUACUUUCAACUUUUGUAGAAGCGGCGAGUAGCGGGCCCUUUUUUUUACUCUGUUGCCCUUGAGCCGCAUCUUUUGAUAUAUAUAUAUAUAUAUAUAUAUAUAUAUAUAUAUAUAUAUAUAUAUAUAUAUAUAUAUAUAUAUA